UAUGGAGCCUGUAAGGCAGGUACCCUGCCAGGAACAACCUGAGGCAUCUUUCUCCCUUCGCUAAACGCAGAGGUGGUUUCGCAGGUAUAGAAGUUCUCUGGCAGCAGUUCCUGGUGAAUGCGGAAGGAAUUGUUGUCUGCUGGCGGGUCGGACGUGUAGAAGAGAAGCACACACAUCUACAGGAAACAGAGAACAGGCACUCUAACAACAGCAUUCAUUGUGUACAACUCAACUUUACAUACUUUAAAGACAAAAUUGUCUCCACAAGAUGAGUGUUGGUUUGAAUCCUGCUGCUGUUUCUUCACCUGUGGAGGAUGUUCAGGGUGAUGUCCGCUGGAUGUCUCAGCAUGAGCACUUUGUGCUGGACUGUAAGGACGCAGAGCCAGACGUGUGGUUUAUUGGGGACUCAAUGAUUCAACUGAUGCAACAACACGAGGUGUGGAAAAAUCUCUUCUCUCCUCUGCACGCGCUCAACUUUGGUUUGGCGGGAGACACGACCUGUAAUGUUCUCUGGAGGAUCCAGAACGGAGAACUUCAGAACAUUCAACCGAAGGUGGUGGUUAUCUGGGUUGGCACCAAUAAUCAUCAGCACACAGCAGAGCAGGUGGCAGGGGGAGUGAUGGCCAUCACAGAGUUCAUCAUGUCACAACUCCCUCACGCCAAAAUCAUCAUACUGGGUCUUCUGCCUCGUGGCGAAUAUCCGAACCCUUUACGCGAGAAGAACGCUGAGGUGAAUGUGUUACUGCGCGCACAUGUAUCACAGCUCAGCCCUGUUCACUUCCUGGAUCUCAGCUCGGAGUUCAUCCAAUCAGACGGAUCCAUUUCUAAACAAGACAUGUUUGACUUCCUUCAUCUGACGGCCGCUGGAUAUGAAACUCUCGCCAAACCCCUGUACGACCUCCUGCUGGAGAUACUGGACGAAAAACCGUGUUAGGCACACAGAGACUUGACAACAUGUUUAUUUCAUAUUUCACAAAAUCAUCUUUCUCUUGAUUCAGAUUUCAAAGGUGCAUAAUUGGCAUGAUUGCUAUAAACAUAAUAUUACCAAAUCAUCAAUACCAAUCAGUGAAUAGGCGAUGGGUUGUGUGUGCGUGUGUAUUUAAUGUCAGCCCCAGGCAUCGGUGUCUCUCUUUCUCCAUAAGUUCUUACAGUAACCCAUAAACAUUAGCAUAUCACUGUUAAAUGUCUUUAUUACUUUAAAAAAUGUCAUAUAAGAGCUUUUGAAUAACAGAAAUGUUCUAGAAUCAGUUUUCCUUUAGCUCAUGUGAAAUCAUAGCGUUCAUCUUUGAACAUUGUAUAUAUUUAUAUAGCGGAAAUGUAUAAUUAACCCCUCUGUUGUGUUUCGGUCAUUUUGACCUGGAUGACUUUACUUUUUUAUCUCUUUUUUUGAUGGAAUAAAAUUCCUUGAAUUUGUUCACAUGUUGUAUCUGAAAACACACCAAGAAAAUGGACCAUUUUAUUUACAUUUCUUUGGUUUUAUUUCACUUUGUUAUACUUGUGUUCCCGGUCAGAAAUAACCUGCCAGUGGAUGAGUGGAUGAGACUACAAUAUACUGAAAUAUGAAGUGUUCAGGAGAAUCACAGUCCUUUAGAUGAGCACAUAUGUGUGUUUGCACACAUACAUUCACAAAUUUGAAUCCAGGUUGUGCUGAGUGACUCCAGUCAGGUCUCCUUAGCAACCAAAGUGGCCCGGUUGCUAGGGAGGGUAGAGUCACAUGGGGUAACCUCCUCGUGGUGGUGAUUAGUGGUUCUCUCAAUGGGGCGUGUGGUGAGUUGUGUGUGGAUCAUGGAGAGUAGCAUGAGUCUCCACAUGCUGUGAGUCUCCGCGGUGUCAUGCACAAGGAGUCAUGUGAUCAGAUGCGAACGCAACUGAGACUCGUCCUCCACCACCCGGAUUGAGGUGAGUAACGGCGCCACCACGAGGACUUACUAAGUAGUGUGAAUUGGGCAUUCCAGAUUGCGGAGAAAAAAAAGAUCUCAUCAUAUGUUGUAUUUGGGCUCGUUUGAAUCAGGAUAUUCUGCUGUAAGUUACAAUAUGUAAUUGUUUAUGUUUAUAUGUAUGUUUCAGGAAGUAAUAAUGAAAAACGUGACAAGAAAUACUCCUGUAUAUUAUAUUUGUGUGUGUCUGUGGGAAUUGUGUACACUAAUACUCACUACAGUUGAGUGAAACAAAUGUAAUCAUUGCAUUUAAUAAUGGAUAGCUUUCCAAGGAUAUAUAACACAUGGAUAUUUAAUCUUUUUAUGUUUUUACCAACUGUGAAUAUAAUUGUUCUGACAAUAAAUUGGCUAAUUAUGAGGGCAAAACAGUGCUUAU